AUGGCUGAGGCCGCCCUCGGCGCGGCACAAUGGGUGGUGGAGAAGGCGCUAGGCCCCGUUGCAGAUGGCUUGCUGGGGGCUUGGUCAGCCAGCAGCAACCUUGGCGUCAACAUCGAGGACCUCAGGAUGGAACUUCUGCUCGUCAAGGCCACGCUCCAACAAGCUGCCCGCAAGGAGAUCUGCGGUUCGGCCAUGGAGGAGCUGCUGCAGAGGCUGCUGGACUCGGCACACAACGCCGAGGACUUGCUGGACGAGCUGGACUACUUCCGCAUCCACGACGAGCUAUAUCAUACAUACGAUGCUGCUGACCAGCACGGCAAGGGUUGCGUCUGCAACCUCGCCCUCAAUGCUCGCCACACCGUCAAAGCUCUUGCCAAACAGCUGUCAUCCUUGUCCGCGUACUGCUUUGGUGCCAACACUGGUGGUGAUCACCGGCAGGGAGUUGCAAGACAACAUGUCAGUUGUUGUGCUUGGCCGUGUGGCAGAGGGCAGAGACUACCUGCCGAUUCCUCCUCGCCGCCAAACGCCAACCAGACUGGUCAGGAGCUCAGUGGAUGCAUGCCCAAGCUCGGUAAACUCCUCCCUUGCUUAUCUUCCCCGCAUCCCCAUGUUCAUGGUGAUGAAGUUGGUGCCAAUGCGCAAGAAGCACCAAUGCAUGAGUUUAAUAGGGUCGAUUUCUCUCAAAGGAUGAAGGGCACUGUGGAGCAACUAAAGCUUAUGCGCAACGAGGUUACCAAGAUUCUGCAAGGUUGUGGCCCUAGAACCAUCCCAGACAUUGCCCAGAGCCGUCCCAUCACCAAAGGUCGAAUUGAUGAGCCAAAACUGUACGGGAGGGAGACUGUCAUGAAUAGCAUCAUACAUGAUAUCACCAAGGGUCAAUACUGUACAAAGGGUCUAACUGUGCUUCCGGUUGUUGGUCCUGGGGGAAUGGGAAAGACAACUCUGAUACAACACAUAUAUCGCAACCAACAGGUGCAGAAUCAUUUUCCAGUCAGGAUUUGGAUGUGUGUGUCAUUCAAUUUCAAUCUGGAUAAGGUGCUAGAACAGAUUGAAGUAGGUACUCGUCCAAUUGAAAGUGAAAAGGAGGGCAGUACAACUGAAGAGCUGAUUGAAGAAAGAUUGAAAUCUAAAAGGUUCUUACUUGUAUUGGAUGAUAUAUGGCAGAUUAGUGAUGUGGGUGACUGGGAAAAACUCCUGUCGAUACUCUACCAUUCACAAGAAAAGGGUUCCAUGGUUCUAGUCACAACUCGGUUUCGAGCAAUAGCACAGAUGAUUAAAACAACUGGCCAAUCAAUAGAACUGGAUGGUUUAAAUUCUGGAGAGUUUAGAAAGUUGUUUCUCACAUUUGUCUUUGGCGAUGAGCAAUGUCCAAGGGACAAACAUUUUCUGCUUGAGACCGGAGAUAAGAUAAUGGAAAAACUUAAGGGCUCCCCUCUUGCAGCAAGAACUGUUGGUAGAUUACUGAGUAAAGAACAUAGUUUGUAUCAUUGGAAAAGGGUCCUCAAAAGUAAAGAAUGGGAAAUGCAAACCGAUGGAAUUAUGUCUGCCUUGAGGCUCAGCUAUAACUUUCUCCCUUUCCAUCUGCAGCAAUGUUUUUCCUAUUCUGCAUUGAUUCCUGAAGAUGUAUAUCUCAGAAGCUAUGAUCUCAUCAGCCUGUGGAUCGGACUAGAUAUUUUGAUACCUAGUGAUCAAAAUCAAACAUCUGAAGAUAUAGGUUUGAGCAAUUUAAAUGAGUUAGUCAAUUAUGGAUUUUUCAGGGAAGAUUCCGAUGGUCAGCGGUAUGUUAUGCAUGACCUACUACACGAUUUGGCAUUGAAUGUUGCAUCGCAUGAUUGUCUUUGUUUACGUCCCCCUAAUGUUGGAUCAGUGGUAAUUCAGCCAACCACCCGUCACUUGUCUAUAAGCACACAUGACUUAGGCGAAUAUGAUGCAGUGUCAGGUGAAAAAUUAAGAAGUGAAUUGGAAGAACUGAAGACAAAAUUGAAGGGUGAACAUUUGCACACAUUGGUGUUAUUGGGUAAAAUGGAUGGAAGUUUUGCCAAGAUAUUUGGUGAUUUUUUUCUGGAAGCAAAUGCUCUUCGUGUUCUUUAUUUGUUUGACAUGAUGUAUCCCAUGGAGUUCAUGUUACAUCACUUUUCAGGACUUGUCCACCUACGAUUCCUAUGUCUAGGGACAUGUGACAGAGAGAUGCAUUUACCACUCAACAUCUCUAAAUUUUAUCAUUUAAGGGUUCUAGAUCUUGAGCCAUGGGGUGGGAGUUGUGAUUUGCCCAGAGACAUGAGCAAUCUUGCAAAACUGUGCCAUAUUCAUACCCGUGAUGGUGAGCUUCAUUCUGGUAUUUAUAAUGUGGGAAAACUUAAACUCUUAGAAGAGUUGAAGGUAUUUCGAGUCAAUAAAGAAAGUGAAGGAUUUGAAGCAAAGCAACUAGAGCAUUUAAGCAAGCUCAGGGAGCUUGGCAUCUAUAACCUUGAGAAGAUAGAUACUGUAGAAGAAGCAGCUCAAGCAAAACUGAUGGAGAAAAAAUACUUGAAGAGGUUAUCAUUGAACUGGGAUAGUGAGCGGUCUACUGUCGAGGCUAGUGUUGAAGCAGCGGUUCUUGAGAGCCUUCAACCUCAUGGAGAUCUUCAAGUGUUGUGUAUUAGAGGGCACGGAGGUCUUUCUUCUCCAACAUGGCUGGCAGAGGAGUUCGCUGUUGAAGCUCUACAAUCUCUUUAUCUGAAUGGUGUUUCUUGGGAAGUUUUCCCUUCUUUAGGGAAGGCUUGGGAUCUUCGUGAGCUAAAAUUGAAGCAUAUUGCCAGACUGAAGGAUUUUAUCAUAGAGAGAAGCUUUUGCAGGCUAAUAAAUCUUACACUCAUUGGCCUAGGAAGUUUUGAAAAUUGGGUUUACACAGGUGAACAAGAGUCUUCCAUUAGUGGAGAAUUGUUGCCACCGGAUGCUCAUAUGUUCCCUCUUUUGCAAGUUCUGGUUAUUAGAGAGUGCCCGAAACUGUUGGGGUUGCCUUUCUCAAACCACAUUGUUUCCCCAGAUUGGUUCCCCAAGCUACAAGAGCUUGAGGUACAUGACUGUCCUGAAUUCUUGCCAGUGAUUCCCAUAUCCUGGAUUGAAGGUCUGCGUCAAGUCAUGAUGAAAAAUGUAAAGUUACUGAAGCAUUUUUGGUACUCAAAAUCAUCCGGUGGAGCAGAAUUGAGAAUUACCGGAGAGAGUGAUCUGCUUAGCUUAGACCAAGUGCUGGUUUUUGAUAAAGAAACAGGUCUAGAGACGCUGAGACUGGACAAGUGCCCACCUCUGGAGUUGAAGCACCUUCUGAUGCUAACAUCGUUGAAGACAUUGCUUGUAAUAAAUUCAGUUGGUCUAGUUGGACCACUAGGAGGAGGUCAGAGUGAUGUGGAAUGGGAGCUCCAUGUUGAGUGUAUCCAGAUCUGCGAAUUAAAUGGUAAUACUGGCGAGGAACUGACAGAGCUCCUUCCCCACCUCCCAAAGCUCUCCAAAUUGGAAAUACGGAAGUGUAAAAACAUAAAAAAGCUGGUAGUGGGUGUGGAUGUGCAACAGACAACACAAGAAGCAUCAGAGAUAACCGCAGCAGCAGAGGAAGAGGAUGAUGGGGUGCUGCUCUUCCCCGCUCAUCUCCGUGACUCACUACGGGAGUUGGUGAUCUUUAAAUGCCCAGAGCUGGUCCUGGUGGACCCGCCAACUCUUGUUCCUGGAGAAGGAUGGCUCCAAGCCUUGCGAUCCCUCCAGAGAUUAACAAUACUGUGGUCCCCAAAGUUUCUAUCCACCUUCUCCUUUUCCUGUCACAUUUUCCCUUCCUCCCUGCAGUUUCUGAUGCUUUGGUUUGUGAAAGGCUUAAGGACACUGGAGCCCCUCUCAAACCUCUCCUCUCUCACCACAUUAAAAUUGCAUGGUUGUGGAGAGGAUCUGAAAUGUCAGGGCUUGUGCUCUCUCCUUACCACUGGAGGCCAGCUCAACGAAUUAGAGGUCAUGCACAGCCCUAGAUUCUUUGCUGAUUGGGAUCCCAACCCCAGACGGGCUUUGGAAGAUGCUGAGGGAGGUGAAGAGCAGCAGGCACCGCUUGCUUCAUCCACACUGCGUGAGCUUAAAACAAAUGACAUGGCAGGACUUCUUGCUGCACCCGUCUGCAGAUUCCUCUCUUCCUCCCUCACCAAGCUGGAACUUUGGGGGCAUUGGUGUGAAGGGAUGGAGCGGUUUAGCAAGGAGCAAGAGGACGCCCUUCAACUCCUCUCCUCCCUCCAGGAACUAGAGUUUUGGGACUUCAACGAUCUUCAGCAACUCCCUGCAGGGCUGCGUAACCUCACCAGCCUCAAGAUAUUAUCAGUCAAGUUCUGUCCAGCCAUCUCGUCAUUGCCCAACGAUGCCCUCUCGGAUUCACUGGAAAAGCUAGAUAUCUUCAGGUGCAGCGAGGAGUUAAAACAGUACUGCAGGGGGUGUUCUUAUGUUUGUUUGGUGGCUUUCAAGCCACCUGUGUUUACAUUUUGUCCAAAACUCAUGAAGACUGAAGAUGAAUCUCCUCAGAAGCAACAGAUUGAGUUGGGGGAAAGGUGUGGUUGGCAGUCUUCUUCCACUGCAAUAGCCACACACGAAUGGUGCUGUUCGUGUACCAACCAAAUCCGUCUAAAGCGCACACUGGUCGCCCAGGAAUUGCUGCAGCCAUUGCCAAUAGCAUCCCCCAAAGCACAUUGUCAAGCUGAUGUUGCAUAUGAUAUUUUCGAAGGCCAUAAUUACCAUUUUUCCUCCAUGUGCAGCUGA